GGCCUCCUUCGCUGUCCGGCCUCCGCGCCGUCGCUUGUCCGUCUGCUGGCUUAAAUAGCCCUAGGCUACGGCAACAAAUUGGCACCCACCGCCUUGGGAAGAAGAAAAAAGACAGAAAAAGGGAGAGAAUAAGAAACGAUAAGCCCAGUCGACUCCAGGUUUAGCGUGGCAAAGAAUUCAGCACCAGGAUCCAGGAACGCGACGAGAGCUCGAGUUUGAGGCCGGCCGGUUCCACUCCACACGCCAUCCGCAUACAUAAUCGACCCAUCUCUCGGUCCUACCCAGUCCUUGUUUUCAACCUGGUCUUUUGGAACCAUGGCUGGCCGCUACUCCUCUGGCUACGACCCAGGCGAGGACGCUCCCCUUGAUAACCCAUACGGCCCCUACCCGAACCACGCGCAUUCCAGCAGUAGCGGCCGUCAACUAUCUCCUUCACAUCCCCCCUCCCCAACUUCUCACAACCCCUUCUACCAAGACCAUCCGUCUGCUCCCUCAACCGGAUCCUAUCGCGACCACACCGACUCCUCGCCGUCGAGAGUACCUCGAAACCAUCCCGGCGCCCAUCCCGACUCGGCAUAUAACAGAUUACGCCAGAAUAGACUUAGUGGGGUUAGCCAAGCACCUGUCGGAGCCCGAGCUGGAGCAGGAGCUGGAGUUGGAGCAGCAGUGUACGCCGCCAACGACGUGGCCUCGUCCUCGGCGCCAAUUCCGCCCAUUCAUCGCGACAGUACCGCCGCAUCCGCCUGGGGAGCACCCCAGGCCAACGUCACCCCCGGCGCCGACAACUUCGGCGAGAUUGCCUCCGGUGGCAUGUCCGGGCUCGCUAUGAGUGUCGCCGAAAGAAACGCGCGGGAAAGUGGACUACAAGCCAUGAGGGAAGCCGAGGAGUACCAGCAACAAUUUCCCCAGCAUCUCUACGCGGACGGGCCAGGGGACGCCCCGCCGCCUCUGAAUCACCCUCACGACGACCCUCGGGCCCACGGUUCGUUACAUAGCUUAGCCCCCCCGGACACCUCGGCCUUGUCGUAUUCGGAUCAUGGCACGCCCACGCGGAGUAUGCACAGUCACAUUAGCGACCCCUUUGGCGACCCCCAAUUGGCCUAUGGUCAGCGCAUGGGCCUCGGCCUCGGUCAAUUCAACCCCAACGACAUCGACGACGAUGGUGACGACGGCCUCGAAUACCGACGAUCCGCUCGGACUAGUAUUCUGAGUUUAGGGGGGUCAAGUGGUCGAGGUGGCCCUAACGCUGCGGUCGGCGCCGUGGGCGCUGCCGGUACCGUUGCGGGUGCGGCCGCGGGUGGUGGCGUUCUAGGCGGACUGAUAGGAAAGAGUAGAAAUACUGCUAUUAAUUACGACCCGAUCCAUAAUACGAGCUCGGCACUCCAAGUUGGCGGCGCGGGUGGCGAUUACGAGUUGGCCGCUAAGGCUGAGCAACCGUCCGAGUGGCUGACGAGCCAGAAAAGCAGCAAGAAGAAGUGGAAAUGGUUCAUCUUGAUCGUCGUCGGUCUUCUCAUCGCUGGCGGUAUAGCCGGGGGCGUCGUCGGCGGCCUCAUGUCCAACAACAGGUCGGACAGCGCAAGUUCUAACGUUGUUCAGUCGGCCGAUUCGGACACAGCCCAGAACGGAGACCUCAACAUUAACUCGGCCGAGAUCCAGGCAUUGAUGAACAAUGACCGGUUGCAUAAAGUCUUCCCCGGCGUCGACUACACCCCCAUCCACGUCCAGUUCCCCGACUGCCUCGACCACCCCGCUUCGCAGAAUAACAUCACGCGCGACGUAGCCGUCCUAUCGCAACUGACUGACACAAUUCGGCUCUAUGGCACCGAUUGCAACCAGACAGAGAUGACGAUCCACGCGGUGAGGCAGCUGAAGCUCCAGGACGAAGUCAAGAUCUGGCUCGGCGUGUGGCUGGACGGCAACGACACGACGAAUAAGCGCCAGCUCAGCAAGAUGUGGACCAUCUUGGACCAGUACGGCUCGGACCCGUUCAAGGGCGUUAUCAUCGGCAACGAGCUACUGUUUCGGAAGCAGAUGACCGCGGCGGAGCUUAGUGACCUCCUGAGCACCGUGAGGAGGAACCUGACGGAGCACAAGUGGGACCUCCCCGUGGCGACGAGCGACCUGGGCGACAACUGGAACUCGGAGCUGGCGUCGAUCAGCGAUUAUAUCAUGGGGAAUAUCCACCCGUUCUUCGCCGGUGUUAACGCCAAGGAGGCGGCGUCGUGGACGUGGACGUUCUGGCAGAACAAGGCGUCGGGCUUCUUCAAGACGGACCAGGAGCGGAACGUGGUCGCGGAGAUCGGCUGGCCGACCAAGGGCGGCACCAACUGCGGUAGCGACAAUGCCGGGGUGACGGACUGCCCGGAGGCGUCGGUGGCCGGCAUCGACGAGCUCAACACGUUGAUGGAGGACUGGGUCUGCCAGGCCCUCGAGAACGGGACCAACUACUUCUGGUUCGAGAUGUUCGACGAGCCCUGGAAGAUCAGCUUCAACACUCCCGGCAAGGAGUGGGAAGACCAGUGGGGCCUCAUGGAUGUCAAUAGGAACCUGAAGGAGGGCGUCAAGAUCCCCGACUGCGGAGGCAAGACGAUUUAAAUCGUCCGACGCUGACAUGCAUAGACGUGUGCAUUGUCUUUUUCUUCCCCGGGGAGUUUUUGUUUAUUUAUAGCAUUAUCUUUUAUGCGCG